GAUAAAAAUACGACGUAUGUGGUCGUGAUGGAGCGGUGGUUAGGUUUGCCGUCCGUUAUCGAGUAUCAGGGUUUGAAUCUCAGCAAUUUAUCCCUGAACAGUGCAUAUGUGAUUGCUAAUACUUCAUUGGAAUCUGUUUUUGUUUAUGCCGUCAACGACCUUUGUUAUGAAUGUCCAUUCAAUCUAGUAACAAAACUGGCGAAGAAUGAACAAACAUCAUGGGUCGUAGACACCAGCGUUCCUGUCACUUGGAGGCUCAUGAAAAAUGAAUUGGGGCUCUUCUCCAGAAAUCGGAAGAGAGGCAUACUAUGUGAAAUGCGACCUACAUUCAAUGAGUUCGGCGUUUAUCGUUUAGACGUAGGCAGAUGUGACACAAAGCCGCUAAUACCUACCUACAAUAGCUAUCUACCCCUCCUGCUUUUUCUGUCUAUCCUGCUGGUCUGCGGUGGCGUCUAUUCUAUCAUUAAACUUGCUCUGAAGUGUAAAGCGCAAACCAAUGCCGCCGGUCUUCAAAUAAAUUUCAGUACUGAAGUCAGUGAAAAGAUGAGGAGUGUAGACUUCUAUAGAGGAAUUGUCCUACUUCUUCUGAUCUUCAUAACAUCUGGCGCUGGUGGUUACCCAAUAUUCACCAUCAAAUAUGGCGGCCUCUCUUCAGCUGACUGUCUGUUCUUAGUUUACGCGUGGUCUUUCGGCAUCAAAAUACCUUUAUCAGUAGACCAGGGGAUGAUAAAUGGAAAAAGCAAAUGUUCAAUAUUAGGCGACAUGUUCGUUCGUUCCGCCCUUCUCAUCCUUAUAGGCAUAACGAUAGAAUCCACACUAUCCCAAUUCCCGUCAAAAACAGGAACACUGUGGCGCCCUUUGGAAAUGAUUGGCGCAUCCUAUCUCGUGAAAUUAUUUUUUAAAAUGAUAUCAAAUUUGAUGUCUCUACUGUGGUGUUGGAUCUUAUCGGGAUUUUUACUGGUGAUGGUCAUAAUUUCCGUGUCCGUUCUCACUUCACACAACUGCAUCAUUAAAACCACCCUGACAAGUACAGAAUAUACCUAUGCCGCGGCAGAACCAUCUUUUUAUUGCAAUAAUAACUAUACAGAAUGGGUGAACUUACUUUUUACUGGAGAAGCAAAGAAGACUAUUUAUAUCAAUGGUUAUAACGGCUUCACUGGAGGCGCAUUAGGUCUGCUGUCCACAACAUUAUCUACGAUGAUUGGGCUGAAGGCAGGAGUAGUUUAUCUACAUUUUGACAAACAUACAGAUAGGACAAGCUUGUGGGCGAUUUGGGGAUCACUGUUCGCUAUCGGAGCUACUGUCUUUGCGGGAAUGUCGUAUGUCGUUAAAUGCAAUUUAUGGCCAAUAUCUUCAAUCCUGUUUCUAACGUCGUCUUCUCACUUCUUCCUCAUCUUUAUUUAUGUUCUCACCGAAUAUUUCAAUCACAGAUCUUUUGUUACUACUUUAGGACAAACAUCAUUGCCGAUUUUGUCCGGGCAUUUAUUGUUUUCAAAAUCUCUGCCGUUCACGUGGCCGACAGAAAUAAACAAUCAUACAUUGCUUUUGCUCCAACAUUUUUGGAUUUUAGUUUUGUGGAUUUCUGUGGCCGUAUUUCUUAGGAAGGCCAAAAUUUCGUUCCCUUUUUAGGUUCUGA